CUGACUCGCUCUUGGCAUCUACUCCUUCUCGGCCACCUUUAGCUUGCCUUCCUUCAGCCUUUCCUUCACUAGAGCUUUUCGGACAUACAGGGACGCGUCAUGGCGUCCCACGAGCCACAGCUAGGUGCUGUCGUAGAAAUCCCGGUCGGACGCGGUGUGGUCCGCUUUGCCGGAACAACAUCAUUCGCAGCAGGCAAAUGGAUUGGCAUAGAAUUGUUCGAGGGCAAAGGAAAGAACGACGGGUCUAUUGGAGGCGUUUCUUAUUUCCAAUGCAAGCUCAACUACGGCGUAUUCGUCCGACCCAGCCAGGUCAAGGUCAUCGUGGCAGAGCCUCCUGCAGCAGUGCCAGCGGUGGCAGCGGUGGCAGCGGCAUCUGCGAGUAGUCGGCGCCCUUCACUUUCUGUUCGAGCCAGCGGAAGUUCACCUCGCGUGCCCUCUGUACGCUCGUCUGUGCCACCUGGUUCUCCUCGCGCCACAAGUCCACCGAAAGCAGGUACAUCACCUGCGCCCAAUGGUCGCUCUCGUCUCGGACCAGGGCCCCCUUCCCCCACCAAACGCGCUCCUCCGUCGGCCACAGCGAGCCCUGGUGUCCGAGCAUCUAUUGGUGGGCACCACCGUCGGAAGUCCUCUAUAGACCCAACCGCUUCAAAUCCGAAUGGCUCUGCACCACGUACACCAAAAGGUGGAACUCCUUCACAGGGUCUUCCGUCUACAUCACGACCACUUGCUUUCAAGAUUCCCAAGCCACCCGCACCAGAGCCUACACCGCCACCUCCACCCCCUCGGUCACCCACGCCUCCUCCUCGACCUGUAGAAUCACCCACCAAUCCCUUAGCAGACGUGCCUCCGCCGUCAUCGUCACCUUUGCUAUCAGAACAGCCUCCUCCACAGUUCGAGGCAGAGCUUCAAGAGCUCCAAGAACUUCGAGCGAAGAUCCGCGUUCUAGAAGCCAAACGCGCUGACGACGCCCGCCAUGUUCGAGAACUCGAAAUCAAGCUCAGCGAAGCCGAGUCGUUCGUUGCUCUCCGCCCCAAGCUGCAAGCAAAGCUCAACUCCCAACAAACCGAGCUGAUUGCCACCCGGCGCGAACUCGCGGAUGCCCAACAGCUGUCUGAGCUCUCGGAGAGCAGGAUGUUGGAUGUGCAGGAGCAGUUGGAGAUGUCUAUGUUGGAUAAGGAGGUGGCGGAAGAGAGGGCAGAAGUCGCGGAGGCGGAGUUGGAGGAGUUGAGAGAGAAACUGGCAGUGGCGGAGGUUGAGUUGGAAGUGAUGAAGGAGAAAGAGCAGAGCGAAGGGAUUGUGGUCGAAGAGGGUACUGAUCCGCAAGUGUCAGGCUCUUUGGCGUAUAUUCAGCUUGAGAAGCAGAAUGCACGACUCAAGGAGGCUCUCGUCCGCUUGCGCGAUAUAACUUCCGAGACCGAACAGGAAAACCGGAAGCGGAUUGCAGAGAUGGAGAAAGAUAUCAUGGACGUGGAGGAACUCCAUGCCGAGUUGGAAUCCACUCUCAUCAAGUUGUCAAAUGCGGAGAACCAGGUCGAGGAUCUCAAGCUUCAACUCGACGAUGCCCUUGGCGCAGAAGAAAUGUUGGUUCAACUCACGGAACGGAAUCUCAUGCUCAGCGAGAAAAUCGAGGAAAUGCGAAUCACCAUCGAAGAUCUCGAGGCUCUCAAAGAGCUCAGUGAUGAGCUGGAAGAGAACCAUGUCGACACCGAGAAGGCCCUGCAGGAGGACAUCAACGAGAAAGACAUGGAGAUCCACAAUCAAAAACGGAAGAUCGAGUCCCUUGAAGAGGUCUGCCAGGAUCUAGAAGGCACCAUUGUCCAGUUCAGAGAACUCGUACUACAACUUCAAAGCGAGCUUGACAAAACGAGAAAUGAGAGUCAGACGGUUCAAUCUGAAUACGCUGCGGCGGCAUCGCAAUCUGCAGCUGUCAUGUCACUCAACAUGAAGCUUCAAUCAACAGCUUCUAAGAACCAGGCGAAGAACAUCGACUUGGAAGUCAAGCGCAUCGAGUCGAAGGAAGCCCGCGAGCUCUUGACCAUUGUCCAGCCCUACUUGCCUCAAGUUUAUGUUGAGAGCGACAGCGAUGCCACGAACUGCUACAUGUUCUUCCAGAGAAUGGCGCUCAAGGCGGACUUGAUCAACUCUGUUUCCGCUCAAGUACACGGCCUACCAGACUCGCUCAACGGUUCUGUGACAGAAACGCUCGUCGGCGUAUGCGAAAUGAGGGGUUCGAUUGCAUACGUAUCGACACUCUGUAAACGGUUCGCAGCUAUCCUCCGACGUUGCGACGUCGAUACUUUCCUCAACGUCGGAAGGCUCUACCCGGAGAUCGCACCUAUGGAGAAACGGCUUGACAUGCAUAUCGACCUUCUUCGCAGAGAAGAGUUCAGGGAGCUAGAAUGCGUCAGCGAUAUAGCCAAGAUCCAGGCUCAGUUUGACCAUCUCGCUGAGACGUACUUCGAAGGGUUCGACCUCGACGUAGGCGAGCGCGAGCUUGGAUUCGUGCUCACGUUGGACCACGACCUUGACAUCUACGCCUCUUCAGUUGGUUUGGCAAAGACAGCUGUUGAAGGAGUACUGAAGGAUGAAGACAUGAUCCUAGAGCUGGGUGAACUUGAUCCUCAGGUUGUAUUCUUUGAACCCAUCCAGAAGUCCUUAGAUCAAUACAAGGCUGCGAAGAUGAUAUCAAGGAAACUGACCAGGCGGCUCGAGGACCUGACCCAUGAGUCGUCGGCAUUGAAAGCAGGCUUGGCUCCGCAAUUGAAGUCCCUGUCCAAUCUUGUCUCGGAGCUCGUCAAUUUUGGUAUUCAGCUUGCCCAACAAACGAUGCCUCACGUGUCUGAUGCCAAAGGAUCAAAGACUCCGUUCCAGCUAUCAAAGGUUCUGAAUAUCGCUAAUGAGGUGGCAACGUCGACCGUCUGGAAGAGCAGAAAGGACGUCGCGACGUGCUGGGGUGCUCUGAGCGAUGCGAUCUCGCAAGUCAUCGCCGAGGCCAAUGCUCUGCUUCCUAUCACUAUGGACCCCAGUAAUGUGGUGAAAUUGACCGGCAUUGCCCCAUGGGUCCGCAGAGUCGACGAAGUCAAGGCUGCCCUUGCCGUGAACGUCGAAGCCGAACGCAAAGUCGCCCAAUUGAAUGAAGAGAUGCAAGGCCUCGUCCGGAAUCUCAAGCUCAAGGAACAGAACGUUCAGGAGUCGACCGUCAAGAUCGAGCUCAUGGAGCGACGGAUGGAGACAGUCAAGAAGCAGGCGGACACGAUCGCAGAUCUCGAAGGAGAGCUAGGCAAGGCGAGGAAGCAGGAGAGGGCAUAUGAGGAUGCCAUCGAGCAGUUACAAGCGGACUUGGAUAAUCUGGAGCAGGAAAAUCAGAAGUUGAAGGCAGCAGGAGCAAAUCCAGAAAGACAAGCCUCCGGAGUAGUCGUGCCUGAGACGGAGAAUAUCCAGAUUGAGGGUAAUCUUGAGACAUCGCAUCUCUUAGAGCAGAUCGAGGCAUUCCGCGGAGCCGUUCGGUACCUGCGGCAGGAGAAUGCAUAUCUCAAGGGCCAAGAUCUCCUCAAAGAGAUCCAGGAACUUCCGCCAUUACCUUCGUCCUCUCCCAGUCGCCUUCCAACACCUGCACUCGUUGCCUCAGGUCUUUCCGAUACGGAUGAUUCGGAUGGGGAAACACCGAGCACGCCUCCUACAUUGCGUUCUCUAGCAACGGAGCGCAAGGUUCUCUACCGGGAUGUCAUCAAGUUCUCUUCCAACCCACGCAUCGUGGACUUGUCUGUGCGAAACUCGAAGAGCGCGGACGGGACGGCGAGGCCUGGUGUGGCAGCAUGGUUGCCGAAGAAGAAGAUGCCAGCGUAUCAGGUCUGGGAGAGGAAGAUGGAGGCAGAGAGGUUAAGUAGGAGGGUGAAGGGGCUAUUAGAGAGGACCAGUACGAUUGGGACUCCGAGGUAGACGGACUGGCGGAGGAGACGGUUUUCUGGUCCUUUUGGUUCAGGUCACAUUUAUGUUCUAUGUUCAGUCAUUAUUAACAUGUUUAUGGUUCGCUUUCCUUUUUUUCAUACCAUAGGUUUGUAUAGUUAUUAUACCCAGCAUUGUUUUGGACCACUUACUUAUAGUUUACGACAUGAAUCCAUGCUACGUUCAGCAGCACCUGAGGAUCCC